AUGCAUGACAAGUCCCAAAUUUAUGCAAUUUAUAUAUUUUGUUUCGAUAAAUCAAAAUAUGAACAAUGGACAACAGAAAAAUGGCCCAAAGUACGUGGUGUGUUUACAGAUAUUGACUCGAUUUGUGACUCACUUCGGCAAGUAGCACAAGAAUGUGAUGAUGAUGAUAUUAAAAUUACUGGCCAAAUUGAACCAUCAUUUAUGUAUUCAAUGUUAUUUAAAGAAAUUGUUCUUGAAAUCCAUUUCGAUCUGGAGAAAGAAAUUUCAGCUCUUACAAAAUAUGCUCGUCAGAUAUACAAGGAUACACCAGAACAACUUCCAAUCAUCGAUGAAUUUGUGCAGCAAUAUAAUGGUAACAUCAACAACAGUCCUGUUCGCUGGUAUACAGCCGAGUGCUUCACAUACAAGAUGUUAAACAAAGCACUCGGUCGAUUGGAUGCUGCUACUCUACUUAAAACAGGUUUCUUUAUGCACGACCUUCAUCGAAAUAUCGAAGAACUUCAUGAAAAACAAAUAAAUGAUAAUGAUGCACCAUUUCCAAAAACAGUCUUCCGCGGUGAAGUUAUGACACAAGAAGAUUUCGACAGGAAGUGA